AUGAUAAGACAUUUACUGGACAACGUGGUGGAGCGCGGGAUGCCGCACCAUUAUUCCACUGAGAUGUGGGAGCGCACGCACAAGGGCACGGUCAAGGGUCCAGUUAGAGGGAGCAACUGGAGCGACAUUCCGCGCCGAAUCGUGGAGGAGGAGGUGCAGAGAGAGGUGUACCGUGAGGUGGCUGCAGACGCCGGCGGUGGGCGGCAGUAUGCGUCUGCAUUGCGCGAGGUUGCGGCUUGUUGUGGGAACGUGGUUGUACACGUGCAGGCAAUCAAGACGAGGAAACCGGUGCUUACAAAGAAGUAUCGGAUCAUGCGCAUAGGCGGGGCGUCGGAUCCGGUGUACGAUGAGUACACAGCCGCGCUUGGAGACGAGAUGAAGGGGAUGGCCGCGGAGUUUAAGGCGUUGGACCUGGCUACCAACAACGUGCAGGUCCACACCGCGGUGGCCAUUCCGCGCACAAGAGGCGGCGAGCUGGUGGCCAAAGGGACGUUUGUGAAGGCAUCUCCACGAGAGAGGUGGUACUUGAACGUGGCACUUCUGAACAACAAGAAGGGGGACUGGUAUGCAAGAUGUCUGUGCAUCUUCAGGGCGCUUGACCGUGAUGGGGAGUGGAAGGGAUACGCAUACGUGAGGUACUACGAGAGGGCGGGAAGCUGCAAGCUUACAGGGUGCACGCAGCUGCACAAGAAAGUGGAGAAGGUGAGGUAUUCGGUGGUGGAGCUGGGCAGCCUGCAGAGAGUUGUGCACGUGUGCCCGUCGUACAGCAACAACAAGGGACUGCUGGCUACUGCGCACCCGGACGAUGUGUUCUGCUUCCACGAGAUUAAUUUUCUUCCGAGCCGCCUCCCGAAGACAUACAUUCCAGACAAGCGUAAUGUUUGCGAGCGGAUUGUCAGCAUCGGCAUUCUUUACAACGCGACGGGCAGUUGUUCCGCGGUGCCACUGGUGGUCCUAUCGCCGUACGAUAGGCCCGAGCGCAGGCGGGGGCGCGCGGCAUCGCGCAUGGUGGCAGUCCGAUAUACGCACCGCGGCCGGUUGACUCCGGAGGUGUUCACGGAGUUUGUGGAGACUGUCAACGGUGUGCACUUUAGUCGUGAUCGCAACACACUCAUCCUAACCAUACACGAGGCGCAUCGCAUCACCGACGAGGUCGCGCGCCCCGUCUCGGAGCACGGCUUCAGUGUGCAGCACCUCACCAACACCCGUGUCGUCAACAUACGUGGGUCGGUUCCCGAAGGGGGCCUUCCGCACCUGCAGGGAGUGGAGGACGCGCUGAAGGCCCAUUACCGCGUUAUGCUGAUGAAGCGGGCGAUCGCGGCGAAGCGGUUCCAGUUCGACUAUGCCGCUUCUAUCGCCGACGUGGACUACGGACUCAUGCUGGAGUGGCUGGGGGAAUCGUGGACCCGUGUGCGCGCUGCAACCAUGCAGAGGAGCUGGUGGCGCGCCGGAUGCGUGCCGCCGAGCUGGCCGCCGCUGAUGGCGUACCUGAACGACACCAGCGCGACGGGCAUGUUUGAGCCGCUCAUUGCGACUUGCGUCGAGCUGCAGUUGCUCAUCGAGAAGUUUAAGAUGAGGCCUGCGUGCUACAUGACGGCGGCGGAGUUCGUCAACUGCGACGCGGGGCUCUGCGUGGAGCAGGGGUUCGUUGCCACACCUGCUGCAAGCGCGUCGGAUGACUCGUCGGGCGAGAUGAGCCUGCCAGACGGCCCGCUGCUGCGGGACGAGCGCAGCAGGCGGCGCGUCAUUCGCAACGUCACAAACGCGUACGUGGAGCGUGCCGAUGAGCUCGGCAUUCCCCCGGCCCUCGUGCCAGCAGAGGUCGGCGCAUCUAACCAGGAGGUGAUUUCCCGCCUCGGCAGGACGCCAGUUAAGCGUGCGCGAGCGGGGCUGCGCACGGAGGACAUGGCAGGCCCUUCGGAGCGCAAGGACGAGGACGACGAGUGA